UUGGUCUCUCCAGCCACAGGGUCCCUCGCCAGCUACGUGGUAACCAGAGCCGAGACACAGAAAUGCUCCGACUUCUGGAUUUACCUGGAGACGGGCAAGUCCCCCCAGGAGCUCGCCGUGGCUGGUAGGGCGUCUCAGCCCGCAGAAAAUCUGCCCAGCCCGGAGGACAGGGAGAGCGCGGCGCCGCUGGUGAGGAGGAACAAGUACGGGGAUGUCGUGGAGUAG